GUCGACUGCUUACAAGAAUUAAAAAAGGAUUUGCACAUUUGACUUAUCUUGUCUACGAAUCUUCAAAAACUGCAGCAGAUUGAUCUCCAAUAAUUUCAAACCCAUACCCACAUUCAUCUCUAUCUUCUCCUCUCCCCCACCUACUCCUGACCUCUGCAACAAUGGCGGCAAGUAAAGCUUCAUUCAUACUCUUUCUAACCUUCAUCUUCGUCCCCUUCCUACAAUUUGCUGAAUCCAUUGUGCCGCAACAAGAAGUGGAAGCUGUUGUAAGCAUUCUUGCUGCCAUGAAUGCAACAAGUUGGAGGUUUAAUGGCGACAAUUGCAAUCUUGACACCAUUUCCGAAGUCCCAAAGCUAUCUCAAGAAGCUAAUGCUAGCAUCGGAUGCAAUUGCAACAUUGAAAACGAUACAAAUUGUCAUGUCGUAAGGAUCACACACAAGUUUUAUAGUCUUGACGGCGUUCUUUCACCUGAACUAGCAAACCUUCCUUUCCUCCGGUCCUUUGAUGUUGCUUACAAUUACUUACAAGGCACGAUUCCACCUGAAUGGGGUUUAACACAGUUAGAAGAAAUUUCACUUCUUGGCAACCGGUUAACCGGAGAAAUCCCACCAGAACUUGGCAAUAUCACCACUCUAACAAGACUGGACCUUGAAGCAAACAGAUUUUCAGGAACCAUUCCACCAGAUUUAGGGAGAUUAAUCAAUUUGCAAUCGUUGAUCUUGUCCUCAAAUCAGUUGACUGGGAGGUUGCCAAUUACGCUUGGUCAACUAGGAAAUCUAACAAAUUUUAGGAUAAACGAAAACAACUUCAGUGGAUCGAUACCUGAUUUUAUACAAAAUUGGAGACUACUUUCUAGAUUAGAGAUUGUGGCGAGUGGACUCACGGGACCAAUUCCUUCGAACAUAUCUCUUCUCGAGAACCUAAAUGAUCUGAGAAUUAGUGACAUAAGUGGUCCAACUCAGAGAUUUCCUCCCCUUAACAAUGCCACGGGAUUAAUAAGAUUGAUCUUGAGAAAUUGCAAUCUUUCUGGAGAAUUACCGGAUUAUAUUUGGCAAGUGAGAGAACUCGAAUUGUUGGAUACAAGUUUUAACAAUUUAGUAGGGAGGAUAUCUAACAACAUCCUCGGGAGAAGCAUACGUUUAGUGUUUUUAACAGGUAACAUGCUAAGUGGAGACAUACCGGAUGCAUUGUUGGUAAAUGGGGCUGCUAUUGAUCUUUCCUACAACAAUUUUACAUGGCAAGGACCUAAUCAACCCACAUGUCGACAAAACACGAAUAUAUACUUGAACUUGUUUAGAAGCUCUUCAACUGGAAACCCGAUACAGGAUGUCCUUCCGUGCAACCAGGAUACCAAGUGUCCGACAUAUGCGUGUUCAGUACAUGUUAAUUGUGGUGGGAAUGAUGUGACUGUUAGAGAAAGUAACGGUCGAUCUGUUUUUUACAAAGGAGAUGCUGACGUGGAUGGUGGUGCAGCAAAAUUAUAUGAAAGUGACAAGAAUUGGGGAUUUAGUAGUACCGGAGACUUCAUGGAUGACAAUAUUUUUCAAAACACUCGAUACGUAGAUUCUUUGAAGGGGAACACAAGUUUGUCACCAUUGUACACAACCGCACGUUUCUCGCCACUUACACUCACUUACUUCGGUUAUUGUUUGGAAAACGGGGAAUAUUUGGUCAAUUUGCACUUUGCGGAGAUCAUAUUCACUAACGAUAGCACGUAUAGAAGUCUUGGUCGUCGGAUAUUUGAUAUUUAUAUUCAGGGACGGCGUGUUAGAAGAAAUUUUAAUAUUGAAGAUGAGGCCGGUGGGGUUGAAAGGCCGGUGGUUGUACCGUUCAAUGCUAGUGUGACCGAUAAAAUUUUAGAGAUACGGUUUUAUUGGGCGGGUAAAGGGACGACCCGUUUUCCUACAAGAGGAGUCUAUGGACCUCUUAUAUCAGCUAUCGAUGUUAACCCAUACUUUAAAACAUGUUCAACGGGUGGAAAAAAGACGAAAAAGGACGUUUAUAUUGGUGUUGGGAUUGGUGUUCCAUGUCUUGUAUUGUUAAUCUUGGUCAUUUUGUGGAGGAGAAAAUGUUUUAAAGGCCGAAGAACUAAUGAAAAAGAUUUUGAAGGAAUGGAGUUCAACACCAUUUCAUUUUCGUUGAAACAACUAAAAUCGGCUACGGACAACUUUAACCCUUCAAACAAAAUCGGGGAAGGAGGUUUUGGAGCGGUUUACAAGGGUACAUUGAGUGAUGGCACUGUGAUUGCAGUGAAGCAGCUUUCAGCUCAAUCAAGGCAAGGAAACCGUGAGUUCUUGAAUGAGAUUGGUGUGAUUUCGUGCUUACAACAUCCGAAUCUUGUUAAACUCCAUGGAUGUUGCAUUGAAGGAGACCAAUUGUUGCUUGUUUAUGAGUACUUAGAAAACAACAGCCUCGCAAACGCUUUGUUUGAUUUGGGUAAAAAUCGAUUGAUGUUGGAUUGGGCAACGAGGUUAAAUGAGGAUGAAAAGACUCACGUUAGCACCAAAGUUGCUGGAACAAUAGGAUACAUGGCACCUGAGUAUGCACUUUGGGGUUACUUGAGCGAUAAAGCAGAUGUUUACAGCUUCGGAGUUCUAGCAUUAGAAAUCGUUAGCGGCAAGAACAACAACAGUUACAUUCCAACAAACGAUUGCAUUUGUCUUCUAGAUUGGGCUUGUCGGUUGGAAACGAGUAAACACUAUGAAGAGCUUUUUGACGAGAGAUUGGAGUCGAGGAUCAACAGAGAAGAAGCGGAAACCAUGGUGAAAGUUGCGCUUUUGUGCACGAACGGUUCUCCGUCGAUGAGGCCGACGAUGACGGAGGUUGUAAGUAUGCUCGAUGGGAAAACUUGUGUGCCGGAGAUAAUUCCGGAGGCAAACGGUUACUCCGAAGAUCUGAGAUUCAAAGCGAUGAGAGACUUUCGGCGUGAGAGGCAAGGUCAACAUAGUUACAACAGUGGUCAAACUCAGAAUUCUAACACAAUACAAAUGUAUACAAACGAUUCUUUCACACAAUCAUGACAUGUGUGUUGGUGAACAAGAAUUCAGUUGAAAAUUCAAAAUAAUUGUAAAAUAUCUUUAAUUAUGAAAAUCACAACAUUAUAUGAAUGUAUAUAAAACCACACCUUUCAUAUUUGUGUUCUUUGU